CAGAGGGGUCCGGUUGCCGAAGCGGCAAAAACCCCGGCGCCAGAGCUAGGCCGAACAGUCCAGCGCAGCGAAGCCGAGGCCGCGCGGACUCGUCGGAGACCCGCCGCUGCAGGCGCCUUUGCAGCUGCAGCCAUCUCUCUCAUUCCUUGCCUCCCUUUCCCGUCGUCUCCGUCACCGUCGCCGUUUCACAGCCGCAGCACCAGCUAUAACAGCUAAGUGGUCAAUUAGGGAAUUGGGGUUGGGAGUCCGGGCGGGAGCCGGCGCGGGCAGCACAAGCGAGCGCGCCAUCUCCUGCGGCAACCGCCACUGCUGCAGACACCCCUCCCCGGCGGGAGAGGAGAAGACUAUCAAGAGGCCCAGGCUGUCCCAGUGCCCACGGUGAGAGUUAGAGCGUUUCUAACCAGAAUUGGUGAAAGCCUUGUGCUCGGUGAAGGGAGGACUGAGGGGGAAUCAGAGAUCACGAAAAAAGAUCUCAUAUCGGAUAAGCAUUGACUUUUUCUCAGCUUAAUCACUUUUUCUCAGCGUAAUCAAGCAAGUGGCAGCUUUGCCCGAACCUCCUUAAACUUAAUCGAGCAAGUGGCAGCUUUGUCGGAGCCUCCUUAAAACGCGAGCCAUGUCGCCCCCAACUGUGCCUCCGAUGGGCGUAGACGGGGUAUCCGCAUACCUGAUGAAGAAAAGGCACACCCACAGGAAGCAGCGGCGCAAGCCCACUUUCCUCACCCGUAGGAACAUCGUGGGCUGCCGCAUUCAACACGGCUGGAAGGAAGGCAACGAGCCGGUGGAGCAGUGGAAGGGCACUGUGCUGGAGCAGGUUUCCGUGAAGCCCACUCUCUACAUCAUCAAAUACGAUGGCAAAGAUAGUGUGUAUGGGCUAGAACUGCACCGAGAUAAGAGAGUUUUAGCGCUAGAGAUCCUUCCUGAGAGAGUGCCAACUCCUCGCAUUGAUUCGCGCCUGGCAGAUUCCCUGAUUGGCAAGGCAGUGGGGCAUGUGUUUGAAGGUGAGCACGGUAGAAAAGAUGAAUGGAAGGGCAUGGUCCUGGCGCGAGCCCCCGUGAUGGACACUUGGUUUUACAUCACCUACGAGAAAGAUCCGGUCCUUUAUAUGUACACGCUGCUGGAUGACUACAAAGAUGGUGACCUGCGCAUCAUUCCAGAUUCCAACUACUAUUUCCCUACAGCAGAACGAGAGCCUGGAGAAGUGGUCGACAGCCUCGUGGGCAAGCAGGUGGAGCACGCCAAAGAUGAUGGGUCCAAGAGAACCGGCAUUUUCAUCCAUCAAGUGGUGGCCAAGCCGUCUGUCUACUUUAUUAAGUUUGAUGAUGAUAUUCACAUUUAUGUCUAUGGUUUGGUGAAAAACAACUAAAGUCAUUGUGCUCUUUGCAAAAGUUGUGGAACUAUUGAAUGUAAAAUAUGUCAUGUUCAUGUAAUUGUGAACUUUUGAGAACAGUUUUGGUGUCAGGAUUCAGGAAUUUAUUACUUGUUACUUAACUGUGCCUCCAAAUCUUAUAUUGACUAGUUCCGCAGUUUUGCCCAAGUGUACUUUGGUACCUACGACAUUGCCUUGUUCUGUAAUUGAAAUUUUAAAUUGGGUGCUAAUAAAAUUGAAAAGUGUUUGUGACCAUUGAAACAAUGAAAAAUCAGGUAAAGAAAAGUUAAUGAUGUAACCCCGUACCAUAUCCUUCCCCCAUUUCCUUACCUUCCCUCUUUCUUCCCCCCAGGUUAAAAUUUUUUUUAAAAUACUAACAUGAUGUAUAUCCUUCCACGUUUUUCCCAUCCUCUCACAAAAAAGUUUGUUGGUUUUGUAAAAAUGACAAGCUGCAUCAUUACUCUAAUUGUUUUUCUCACUUGGCAUACCCAUGAAAUCCCUUCUGAUCAGUAGCAGCAGAUAUCUUUCUCUCCCUCUCCCUCUGCCUCUCCCUUUCUUUCUGCCUCUGCCUCUCACUAUCCUCCCUCUCCUGCUUUC